AUGGAAGAACUGGCAUCGGACGAUGAUUAUGAAGAUAGAGAGAAUUUGGGUAACACACAGCCUGGUGAUGGACCGCGAAAUAACGGCCGUAGUCCGAUUCAACUUACAGAACGAGCGAACUAUCUAAAAGCUAGUGAUGCACUGAAAAUGGACCUGGUGGAAAACCCGGAACAGGUGGCAACACCAGGAAUUGGUUUUCAAGUAGCUGUAUGGUUUUGA